UGCCCUGUCAGACGGCAAAAAUAAAACCUGAAAGAAAGAAAGUGGAAGAUCCCGACAGUCGCUGGUAAACUAAAGUCACGCCGUAAAUAAAAUCCUCCCCCCCCGGCGUCUUUCUCUUUCUUGUCUCUUCCCCUUUUCCCUUCUCCUCCUGUCUUUCCUCUCCGCACAGUCUCUCGUUUCGAUCACUCGUUCCGUCGAUUCUUUCGAGCUCUCUUCCUUUGAUUACUUUCGAUCUAUCUCUGUCUCUUCAGAUCUACACUAUCGUCACCAUGAAGCUCAACCUCAUCGCUCUGACUGCCCUCCUGGGCCUGGCCGUCGCUCAGUCGUCCACCUCCACCGGCGAGGCGUCGGCCACCACCAGCCUGUCUCCCGAGGCCUCCUGCGCGAAGAAGUGCUCUGACAACGAUCUCUGCUGUGUUGCUUCGUGCUACAAGGUCCCCUGCCCCAGCGACUCGCAGGCCAACGACACCGUCAGCUGCGUUGCCGCCUGUCCCCAGGGCACCGGCUCCCCCAGCGACACCGACCGCUACGCCAAGUGCCAGAGCAGCUGCUACAGCAGCCACUUCUUCCCGGCGACCAAGCUGAGCGACAGCGGUUCUUCCGCCACUCACGCCAGCUCCAACAGCGACUCCAAGACCACCGGCACCAGCGACGACGACAGCUCCUCCGCCACUGGCUCCUCCACUGGCCACCACUCCGGAUCCGGCUCCAGCGCCAGCGCCAGCGCCACCGGCACCAGCUCUGGCUCCGAGGCCAGCGAGACCGCCAACGCCGCGGCCCUGAAGCUGGGCGUCUCGACUGCGGGAGUCAUCGGUCUGGUUCUGGGCGCUCUGGCUCUGUAGACGAGUCGAAGCGACGCGUUGAAAACGAGACUGGCCACACCAGGUGCGAAUUCAGGGGGGGGGGGGAGGUGUUAAUGCGAGGAGGUCAUGGAUUGCUUUACGGGACACGGACAUGCGAAUGGGACUUUGUUACACAUAAUACGGGGCUAUUCCCUUCAUAGUUUUUCUGUUUUUUACUACCUUUCUCAGCUGUGAUAAUAAUUUUCAAUACCAUCACGUCUGUAUUCUAGCAUUGACCUCCUUGAUAUAUCUUCACGGAUACCUAUCACAUCCCUGCCCAGAAGAUCGCAU